AUGGAGGCUGUGAAGCAUGUACCGUGGCUUUACAAUUUUCGCUCCUCAGAGGGGUUUAUUGUUAUUGUGGUGUCGAUUGCUAUUUUCACUGAUGUUUUUAUCUAUGGCAUGAUCGUGCCUAUUGUCCCAAUUGCAUUGGUCAAACGUGCUGGCGCUCGUGAGGAAGAAGCUCAAUCCUGGGUCUCAAUAUUGCUGGCUGUCUAUGGUGCCACCCUUCUCGUGGGAUCGCCACUGUUCGGCUAUUUCGCCGACCACUGUCGACUACGAAAACUUCCCUUCAUUGUUGGCUUGAUUGCAUUGGGUGCUUCAACGGGCCUUUUCGUCGUCGCUCGGUCUUUACCAGUCCUCAUCAUCGCGAGAGGGCUACAGGGCUUCUCUGGUGCCGCUGUGUGGGUGGUAGGUCUUGCUAUUAUCGCUGAUAAUGUGCCACCGGAUCGUGUUGCAGAGGCUAUGGGCCACACGUCGAUUGCAUUGACAUGGGGCGCGCUUUUGGGACCGACGAUCGGGGGCGUGAUGUAUGAGAAGUUGGGGUACUAUGGGACAUUUGCUAUUCCUGCGGGAUUGAUUAUGGUGGAUGUGGUAUUGCGGUUCGCUAUGAUUGAGGAAUCAGGGGCUAUCCAACCCGACAAGGCAGGACUGGACGCGACCAUCGAAGGGUAUCAAAGGCAUAUGUACGGCACGUUUGUGCGGCAGGAGGAUGAGUACUCGGGAUAUUUCUCAUCUGGUGAAGAUACAGCCAGCGAGCAAGGGCUUCUUCUUAUCAGAGCGUCCAAUCCUUGCUUCGACCAUCCUCGCCUGGUAUAUGAAAAACGGGCAACGAUCUUUGAUCUUCUUCGGACCCCGCGUCUACCCCUUGCAUUGAUUGCAACGGUUGUUAUGGCGGUUAUAUUUUCCGCCUUAGAAACUACACUACCGUUAUUCGUGAUGGACACAUUCAAAUGGUCAUCCAGCGGCGCAGGAUUAAUCUUCACGAUCACAGCGAUCCCAAGCUUCGCCGGAGUGUAUGUUGGGAAAUUAAUUGGCCGCAGCGGCGCUCGCAUCCCAGGACUAUUCGCCUUCACAAUAGCCGCAAUCUCCUGGAUCUCAAUGCGCUUUGUGAAAAAUAACACAGCCGCCGAUAUUACUCUUCUUAUCAUUCUCUUGCUUGCCCAGGGGGUAUCGAUUGUCUUUGUGGAGAUUAUCGCCAUGACAGAGGUUUCACAAGUAGUCGAUGACUACGAAGCUGAUUUCCCUGGUGCGUUUGGUGACAAGACCCCCGUUGCUCAAGCUUAUGCUUUGUUCAACAUGGCGUUUGCAGGAGGCCAGCUUUUGGGGCCUAUUCUGGCGGGUGGGACUCGUGUCUGGGCUGGCUGGAAUACUAUGACGCUUGUUAUCGGCCUGGUCUGUGGCUGCACGGCUAUACCAGUAGGAUUGUUUAGUGGUGCGCCGUUGAGGCAUGCAGAAGAUAACCGGGAUGACGAAGCAGUGAACCUCUCAUCGAUUGUUAUGCGUGGCUACGAUGGGAAGUUCUAUGCAACGGGACAUCUUCCGCAUGACAAAUUUGACAAUCCAGAGCCGGAUAGUUUUGAGAUUUUUACUCCGUAUAAGGGGACUACUUUAUUCUCGAUGCCACUUCACCAUUCUUGUAGCGAACUCUUAGCAAAAUUCUUGGAUUACUCAGUGGGUACUACGCCAAGUAGCUAUCUUGGAGUGCUUUUCAGAGCAUUGCGAAGCUUUCACGACGAAGCGUCCAAAGUUUACCGUGGAAAGAUCAAGUAUGGAAGGAUCACAAAACAACAAGGGCAAUUCUGGUAUCCAACAAUUAGUACCAAAUCGUUUGCGUACGAUCCAUUCUUUACAUCGCCAGAACUACUCAACUACUAUCAGAAUCUGCCCGAAAUUGAACAGGUACCAGAGGAAGACAACGAUUGCAAAGUAUGCUACAUAAAGGCUACGCUUGAAACAGAUCCUUUCAGCAAACUUCCGCCUGAGCUCCUAAUGAUGAUCCUCAUCCAUCUUCCAGUGCAAUCAAUACGCAAUCUCAGACAUGCCAGUGUCGCUAUAACCAGACUUCGCUUACCCGGCAGCUUUUGGAAGGAAAAACUCAAGCGUGACAUGCCGUGGCUUUGGGAUUUUCCUUACCAGGAGGCGGAACAAACAUCUCGGAAUCUAAAUUGGCGGAAAAUAUUCAAUGACAUCUACAUUGGAAGCCAGGGUAAUGGAAGGAGUCCAUUCCUCAGUUUGGCCAAUAGGCACCGGGUGUGGAGGAUCUGUGAGCAGAUUGCACCUCGGUAUGCAGAUUUCCAAGCGGAGAGAGAAAUGGUCGAGGCGAGAGGAUGA